AUGAUAAAAUUUUGUGAGCAGGAGGAGGCAAUUUGUAAGCUAAUACGGGAUCACGCACUCAGCCUCAAUCCAGCAGCCACCCCGAGAUUAGCGGGUGGGUUUGUGCGAGACAAAAUUAUGGAGGUUGUGUGCCACGAUAUUGAUGUUGCACUUGAUAAUAUUUCUGGACUCUUAUUUGCAACAGGCCUAGCUAACAAGCUUGUAAAUCAUCCAACAGUUUACAAGAUUCUAGCCAAUCCCGAAAAAUCAAAGCAUCUUGAAACAGCAGUGCUCAAUUUAUAUGGCUACAGUAUUGAUUUUGUGCAUCUGCGGAGCGAAUCAUACACACAGACGAGAAUUCCUACAAUUCAAAAAGGCACACCAGAAGAAGAUGCAUUUAGGAGAGACAUUACAAUUAAUAGCCUAUUUUAUAAUUUAAUUACUGGGGAAAUAGAAGACUUUACUGGAAGAGGGAUCCAUGAUAUUCACAAUAAAGUUAUUGAUACGCCACUUGAUCCUAGGACUACUUUGCUAGAUGAUCCGUUGAGGAUUUUGAGAAUUUUUAGAUUUAAAAGUAAGCUUGGGUUCAAAAUUAGUAAGAGGAUAUAUGACGCCUUAGAAGAUAGGAGUCUUGGACUAGCACUUGAAAAGAAGGUUUCAAAUGAGAGAAAUGGGAUUGAAAUUAUGAAAAUGCUGCAAUAUGAGAAUGGAGAAGAUGGGUUAAUUGAGAUAAUCAAUAAUGAGCUAGUUUUUUCUGUGUUCAAACCAAAAACUAGUAUUGAAAUUGACAAGAGCAAGGCGCUUGAAUAUUCAAGAAAUCUGAGAGAUGUUCUAAAUAGACUAUCUGAUGGACCGUAUCUGCGUAAGCUUACCAAGAAAACAGUGGAUAGUUCAUUGUUAAAGCUCUACCUUGUCCUUCAGUACUUUUUAAAUAUUAAGAUUAGCCACAACCAAAAAGACGAGUUUAUGAAUACGAUAGUAAUGAAAGAUUCCUUAAAAACCAAAAAGGAGAUAUUUUCUGCAGUAAGGUCGAUAGAAGAGCGCAUAGAGCAGCUUUUGAUGAAUAAAACGUCCGACGUAGUUCGAAUAGUAGUAGAAUGCAAGGAGUAUUGGCUAGAGGUUUUGACAAUUUUACUUUUAAAACUGAAUGAGCAGCAAUAUUACGACAUGAUUUGUAAUAUUUUUGAUCAAAACUACCAUGAAAGCUACUUGGAAACACCGCUGGUCAAUGGGGAUUAUCUGGUUUCCCUUAACACCGACCCAAAAGAUUUUAAACACAUUCUUUUUGAAUGCUUUGUUUUGCAGAUUAAAAAUCCUGAUUUGCUGAGAGAUGAGAUAUAUAGUAGAUACAAGGCAAUGCACACAAGCCGUGUUAAAUAA